CGCACAUGUCUUUAUCAGCAUAAAAUUGCUACUUUCAGGAAAUAAGAUUAAUUUACUAUACUCUGUUCUGUACGACUAGUUAGCAAAGCAUAAAUUAUGAAAAUUCAAAACCGAUACACUUCAAUAGCGUGCAAUCGAACACCGGAAUCUCUGGACUGGGGUGAUGAUGAACUCAUUUAUUACGCCGCAUGCCACGCGAUUGCAGUUUUUGAUCCCAAUUUCCAUGGAUCGUCUAAGAUUGUCCGUACAUUCUGUGGUCACAAAGCCCGCGUAAAUACGGUGAAAAAAUUACCGACAAAUGCACAACAGCAAGUCGAUCUCAUCUCCGGAUCGGAUGACGGUACGUGUAUUCUAUGGAACACGCAAGACUUGUCGCAACCCGUACAACAUGUGCUGGCAGGUCACACGAAAGGAGUAACGCAGGUAGACGCUCUCUACCACAGUGAACGCUUGACCGUUGCCACCGGGUCGGCAGAUAGCAGCAUUAGGCUGUGGCGCAUUGAUGAAGGAGGAAAAUUUGAUUGCGUUCAAACCAUUACCCUCGGAACGGGGUACUGCUUUGCGUUGAAGUUUUUCCUACUACCAGGCUCGGGCAGUAUGAUGUUGGCCUGUGCUAUGGAUAACGACCUGAUCCAUUUGUACGCUUCCACCGGAAAUCAGUUUGUUUUAGUGGAUAAAUUGAAAGGACAUGCGGAUUGGGUUCGUGGGCUUGAUUGCGUAAAAGAUGUAGAAAAAGACGACUUGUUGCUGGCCAGUGCAUCGCAGGAUGGUUUCAUUCGACUGUGGAGAAUAUCCCAGAGGGAUCAGAUUCAGAUUCAAAAGUCGUUUGAAGAAUUCUCUCUUGAAGAAGAUAUUGUUCUGGAAGAAAAAGUUUUCAGCAUCAAUCAUGAAGAAAGCACUUACUACUACGCUGUAUCGCUGGAAUCAGUUCUGCAAGGUCACGAAGGCUGGGUUUAUGGAGUACAUUUCAGCAAGCAAGGUUCCCAGCUUCAUCUGUUGUCUAGUUCGAUAGAUAAAACGCUCACAAUUUGGACACCGCAUGACUCUGGAAUCUGGUUUGAAAGCGUUCGCGUAGGUGAGGUUGGUGGCGCUUCUCUCGGUUUCUAUGGAGGGAAGUUUUCACCGACUGGACGAUCAAUAAUUGGACACGGAUUCCAGGGAAGCCUCCAUCUGUGGCAUCAAGAUCAGGCAGUUUCCAGUGUUUGGACUCCUGGCAUCACCGUCGGAGGGCAUUUUGAAGCAGUGCGAGAUUUGGCAUGGGAUCCGGAAAAUGGCCAUUUUCUAGUUACAGUAUCUGCAGACCAAACCACGAGGGUACACGCUUGUUGGAAGCGGUCGGACUCGGACGAAGUGACUUGGCACGAGAUCGCUAGGCCGCAAGUCCAUGGCUACGACAUGCAGUGCUUGUGUUUGCUUUACAGGUAUAGAUUUGCAAGUGGAGCAGAGGAAAAAAUUGUUCGAAUUUUUCAGGCGCCGGGAAAUUUUGUUGAAAAUUUUCGGCAGCUGUGUGCUGUGAAAGAGGAUCAUGAAGGUGAAAACAUUCUGAAAAACACUCCAAAAGGUGCGUCUGUUCCUUCACUUGGACUUUCGAACAAGGCGGUUUACGGCGAUAACGUAGAAAAACCACCGGAAUCGAAGCACGUUAAGGACAUGUAUCCCGAGCAUUAUUUCACGCCUACAACCAUGCUAAACCCACCGACUGAGGAAACAUUGAUGCAGAACACGCUGUGGCCAGAAAUGCAAAAGCUUUACGGGCAUGGAUAUGAGAUGUAUGCUCUUGCUGCAACAGCAGAUGGUCGGUUGAUAGCUUCUGCUAGUCGUGCUACUUCAACAGAACAUGCAAAAAUUCUUAUCUGGGACGCUUCUACGUGGAAAAUUGUGCAGCACUUGCAGGUCCAUCAGCUGACGGUGACACAAUUGGCAUUCGCACCAAGCAACACGCUAUUGUUAGCCGUUUCCCGGGAUCGAACUCUGUCCGUAUUUGAAAACAAAGACCCCGAAGCGACUUGCAACUUCCAGUUAGUCACUCACACGAACAAGCAAACGAGCAUCCACACACGAAUUAUCUGGUGUUGUGAUUGGUCACACGAUUCGAUGCACUUUGCGACUGGUUCUCGCGAUGGAAAGGUGGUAUUCUGGGAACGUAAAGAUGAACAGUACUGUGCCAAAGCUGUACUCGAACUUAAAGGAGAAUCGGUGACCGCUGUGGCAUUCGCUAGGCGAAAACUGCAUCAGGACCAGUACUUAGUAGCGAUUGGGCAGGAAACGGGGAUCAUAAAAUUGUACACAAUCGAACAGGAUUGGAAAUUGCUAGCGAGUGUGGAUCACACAUGCGGUCACCAUUUAACAGUGAAACGGCUUGCUUUCAGACCCAUUGAUGAACUAAUACAAUUGGCUAGCUGCGGUGAAGAUAAUAUGGUUAGGAUCUAUGAUGUCUCUUGUUAAUAAAAAUGCUAUGCAAUGUCGACAAUUUUUAUUUCGAUGAAU